AUGCUAGCUUUGUAUAAAUGGCGUCCUCCAUGAUAUGACCAUCCUCAUCCAGGAAAGCGAAGUUACUGACUGAUUUCUUUGUUGUCUGCCGUGUUAAUAUUUAGGAUUUUUCGACUUCUCUAGGUGCUGAACGUUGCUGCUGAACGAUGUCACAAUCAGGAAUUAUUGGUGUGGGAAUACUUGCUGUUGGUGUUGGACUCCUGAUCAAUGUCUCCAUCCACAAGAUAGGAGAAGGUCAUGUUGGAGUAUACUACAGGGGAGGAGCCUUGCUUUCGUCGGUCAGUGCUCCGGGCUACCACUUUAUGUUGCCAUUCCUAACCAGCUAUCGUACGGUACAGACAACUCUGCAAACAGAUGAAGUGAAGAAUGUUCCAUGUGGAACAAGUGGAGGAGUAAUGAUAUACUUUGACCGCAUAGAAGUUGUCAAUAAGCUGGAUAUCAAUGCUGUGUUCGACAUUGUGAGAAACUACACUGCUGACUACGAUAAAACGCUCAUCUACAACAAGGUUCACCACGAACUCAACCAGUUCUGUAGCAUGAACAAUCUCCAGGAGGUCUACAUUGAUUUGUUUGAUCAAAUUGAUGAGAACCUCCGUGUGGCCCUUCAGAAGGAUCUCAUCACUAUGGCACCUGGCCUAACUGUGCAGGCAGUCAGGGUGACCAAACCGAAGAUCCCAGAACAGAUUCGUAAAAACUACGAAGCAAUGGAGGCUGAGAAAACCAAGCUUCUGAUCUCUAUUCAGAAGCAGAAAGUUGUGGAGAAGGAGGCCGAGACAGAGAGGAAGAAAGCAAUUAUUGAGGCUGAGAAACUGGCAGAGGUCUCCAGAAUUCAGUGGGAACAGAAAAUUACUGAGAAAGAAUCUCAAAAAAAGAUAUCUGAAAUUGAAGAUUUAACACAUUUAGCAAAAGAAAAGGCAAAGAGUGAUGCCAUGUUUUAUGCAGCUGAAAAAGAAUCUGAAUCCAAUAAGGCAAAGUUAUCAGCAGAGUACCUCGAGCUUGUUAAGUACCAAGCCUUGGCUAGCAACACUAAAAUCUACUUUGGAAAUGCCAUCCCGGACAUCUUUUUGGACCAGAACACUGGGGGUGUUUCAUCAGCAGCUGUAGCUGCAGAAUCCACGGGACGUAAAGAGACAAAGAAAUAAAUGCCAUACAGUUGACUGAGACAACCCUGAACCUACAAAAGACUACUUGCUCACUUCUGUCUGUGAUAUGUGUAAAUGAUUGUGAAAAAGUCCCGCCAUUAAUGUCAGCUUGUAUCAGAACUGGUGUUGUGGACAUCUUAACAUUGAGGGAAUGUUAACAUGAAUCACUUGGAUCAAAAUCAACAUAAAAAAAUUCCAGGUUGGCAGUACCUACCCCCACACCUGUACUCUAUAUACAGGUGGGCAGUACCUACGCCCACACCUGUACUCUAUAUACAGGUGGGCAGUACCUACGCCGACACCUGUACUCUAUAUACAGGUGGGCAGUACCUACGCAGACACCUGUACUCUAUAUACAGGUGGGCAGUACCUACGCCGACACUUGUACUCUAUAUACAGGUGGGCAGUACCUAUGUCGACAUUUGUACUCUAUAUACAGGUGGGCAGUACCUACGCCGACACCUGUACUCUAUAUACAGGUGGGCAGUACCUACGCCGACACCUGUAAUCUAUAUACAGGUGGGCAGUACCUACGCCGACACCUGUACUCUAUAUACAGGUGGGCAGUACCUAUGUCGACACCUGUACUCUAUAUACAGGUGGGCAGUACCUAUGUCGACACCUGUACUCUAUAUACAGGUGGGCAGUACCUAUGUCGACAUUUGUACUCUAUAUACAGGUGGGCAGUACCUACGUCGACACCUGUACUCUAUAUACAGGUGGGCAGUACCUAUGUCGACAUUUGUACUCUAUAUACAGGUGGGCAGUACCUACGCCGAUACCUGUACUCUAUAUACAGGUGGGCAGUACCUAUGCCGACACCUGUAAUCUAUAUACAGGUGGGCAGUACCUAUGCCGACACCUGUACU